GCACGGGAUUACGAUGAAGAAGUCCAGGAGAUUCUGGGACUCGCAACGAAGAUCUACAGGUGCCAGAUCUCGGCUGUCAACCCGUACCCGGACCAUGCAUUGGAAGUACAGUGGGCGCAGUUUGCGUGGGGUGAAGCUUGCAAGCAACUCGACGUCAAUGUAGCUGCGACUCCGGUUAUCGUCAAGAUUAUCACAAAGCGUACAUCGCAAGUCCGCGGUGAGCUCAAAGGGAAGAUCAAACCUCUUGUCGAGAGUUUGUAUGGUUUCGAGGGUGGGUCUGCUAGGACGACCAUCAUCCAGAAUCGCGAGCGCGCCGAGAACCUGAAGGACGACUACGCCUUUGUUUACAAGCUAUCCCGCACGCUGCGCAAGGGCAUGUAUGAGCACCCCAUCAUCCAGAAGGCCAUCAAUGCAAUGUGGUUCGUCAACAAGCAUGAUGAAGGCGUACGACUCUACCCAUACUUCAACCCCAUCUCUAUCGAGACGUUUGCCUUCGUACUCGCUGCGAUCGAAUGUGGCAUCGACGAAUGGGGAACAGGCACUCGUACUGAGGUCCACUUCACGGCUGACGAUUACAGACCUGUGUACGAAACACACAAGGCCAGUUUAGAGGCUUUUGAUACCUUCAGUGACGACGCACAUCGUGUGUUACUCAAGAUUCGUACGAAACUUCAUAACGAAGCACGGUAUAGUAUCUUUUACCAUCAUUAA